GCCUUAAUUCCCAUCACUAGUGACCCCUCCGCGUCGCUAGGGGCGCUGUUUCCUGUGAGUCACCUUGGCAACAGCGCCUCUUUAAUGACGUAGCGCAAAAUAAUACAAAUCUCAAAGAGGCUGCUUAGUGAUCUAGUCUAGUAUGGGUACUUUAGAUUGUGUUGUUCCUCCACACUCUCUGGCAACCCUUUUAGUAUUGUUAUCCUGUAUAUUUGGGCUGUCCCUCGGUACGGAGCUGAGCUUUGUGACCUGCGGAUCUGUCCUUAAACUGUUAAAUAUAAAGCACAAUGUGAGACUACACUCGCACGACGUCCGCUACGGCUCCGGUAGCGGGCAGCAGUCUGUAACAGGGGUGACUGCAGUGGAAGACAGUAACAGCUACUGGAGUGUCCGUGGUACAAUUGACACCUCGUGCCAUCGGGGCACCCCGGUGAAGUGUGGUCAGGCUAUCCGCCUCACCCAUGUCAACACAGGCCGUAACCUGCACAGCCACUACUUCGCCUCCCCGUUGUCCUCUAACCAGGAGGUGAGUGCAUUUGGCGACGAAGGGGAAGGGGACCACCUGGACGAGUGGACAGUUCAGUGUGGGGGAUCUGUAUGGAAGCGCGAGGAGGCUGUCCGCUUCCUUCACAAGGCCACUGAUGCACUACUGUCAGUGACAGGGGAGCAGUAUGGACGGCCAAUCCACGGCCAGAGGGAAGUCCACGCCAUGUCAGGCCCCAGCCAGCACAGCCUCUGGAAGGCCAUGGAGGGCAUCUUUAUGAAGCCCAGCGACAACCCGGCGGGCAGCCGAGACUACGGCCACCUACACACAGAGUUCUGAACUUUUCUCCCUUUGCUUCUGUCACUUCCCAUCAUCCUCUCUGGCUACCAUUGUAUACCCUACCUCUGUCCCUAAUUACACCUGCACCAGCCACCUCUCGUCCCAUUUUUUCUCUCCCAUCACAUUUUGACUGACAUCUUUUGAGGAGACUGUGCCAAAGUCUGUCAUGGAGCAGGGUACAAUGAUUUCACUUUAUCAAUCCAUGACAACCUCCCGCACAUUUAUUGCGUUUUACGAAACACUACUUGAAUCCUCAAGAAUCCAGCAGCUAUACUCUAGAGAGCUAACAACAUUUGACAAGCAUUUCAGUUUGCCUUAACAGGUACAAGAAGACAUACAGGUAUUAAACAUGCUGUUUUACUGCACAGAGACUAAUCUUUAUUAGUUUGUGACGCUUGACACCCUCUCAGCUGUUAUUUAUUGUUAAAUAAAUGCCAUCAGCAGUCACACCACAACACAAAGCAGAUCAGUAUUAAGUCAUCAAGUGAGUCUUGUGUUUUGUUGGAUUAAAAAAACAUUGUUACACUUGUGCCUUUUUAAAACGUAGUAGGCUACGUUGUGGAGCCUUUUUAACUUUUGGAAACAUAAGAAUUUUGUUAUGUUUUUAUGGUAUUUGUAAGCCAUAUUCUACUCAAACAAUGGAUGAGCAGUGUUAUCCCUGUAAAUUACUGUGGGUUUUUAUAAUAUAUACAGUAUGUAGAUCAAUGAACUGGAUGCUGUUUAUUGUCAACGUUUGAUCAGUUUCAAAGUGCUGGGAGAAAGUACAGUGUUAAAUUCAUGCUGUCUGUGCAUGCAUAUGUGUUACAUCAACUCUUUGUUCGAGAGGUUCAUAUGAGCAACAAACAAGCAAUGAAUACCUCAUAUUAAAGUGAUUUUUAUGCAUACCA